GCCGCUGUCCCCCCCCGGCAGCCGCCGCCGGCCCGCUGUCUCCCUGCCAUUGGCUCCGUGCAGCGGAGCGGCACCACCGCCCGCUAUAAUACCGCUAUGCCCGCCGGAGGCGGCACCGCACACGGCUCCGCCGAAGCCACGGCGAUGCCGCCGCUCCUCCUCCUCCUCCUCUUCCUCCGCCACCACCUCCUCCUCCUCCUCCCCCGCCAGGCGCCGCGCCGGGUGUAGAGGCGAGGCGAGGCGAGCCGUGCCGGGCUGUGCCGAGCCGUGCCGGGCUGUGCCGCGCAUGCCGGGGGGCUCCCGAGCGGGCCCCCAGCGCCCGGGGAGCCCCGGCCCCAUGGAGUGCUACUACAUCGUCAUCAGCUCGGCGCACCUCAGCAACGGGCACUUUCGCAACAUCAAGGGAGUUUUCCGAGGUCCCCUGAGCAAGAACGGGGACAAAACUCUGGAUUAUGCUGAAAAGAAAAACACGAUAGCAAAAGCCCUGGAAGAUCUUAAAGCCAACUUCUACUGUGAACUCUGUGACAAGCAGUACUAUAAACAUCAGGAGUUUGACAAUCACAUUAACUCAUAUGAUCAUGCUCACAAACAGAGACUCAAGGAACUGAAGCAGAGGGAAUUUGCUCGAAAUGUAGCAUCGAAGUCAAGAAAAGAUGAAAGGAAACAGGAAAAAGCCCUUCAACGUUUGCACAAGUUAGCUGAGCUAAGGAAAGAGACAGCGUGUGCUCCUGGAAGUGGCCCCAUGUUCAAAUCCACUACAGUGACUGUGCAAGAUAAUUCCAAUGAUAUCCCACAAAAUGCUGCCAUAGAUUCUGCCAACAAACAGGAUUUCAGCUGUACAUUAAUAAACGAUGUGCAGAACUGCAAAGAUGCUACUUCAGUUAUUUCUUCCACUCCUGAAAAUGCGUGUAGUAAUAAAUCUGACACUAACAAAUUUGGAGAUCAAGUUCAAGGAGCUCAAGGGCAACGAGUUGGGUUCUCUUUUGCUUUUCCUAAGAAAGCAGCAGUCAAACUGGAGUCUUCAGCUGCCGUUUUCUAUGAAUAUAAUGAUGAAACAUCCACAGAACAUGGAUUUAGCAGAAGAAGUAGAUUUAUUCCAGGAGUCUGUAAUCUUCAGUCUCCAUCAGCGGCAGAAAUAGUCCUGUGCCCCGAGGAGAAAAAUAGCUGUUUCCACCCAGUGGUGGAAAAAUGCACUGACACAGCAGAAGCUCCCAAAACUCAGGAUUCAAAAGAGCUGGCUAGUGAAGAAAGUAGAGAGCUAGAGAGUCCUGUAUUAAUUCCUGCUGUUUCCCAUUCAAAGCAACUAAUGUCUUCUGACAUGGAUGGCCACAGUACUGAUGGAAAUACAGCAGAUGUACCAGGUCAAACACUGUCCACAGUUGUGGACAGUACUCAUAACAUACCCCUGGGCUGCAGCAGUUGUGAACUGCUGGGAAAUGGAACUAUCACUCAGACUGUGGUGGAGGAUUGUCUAACCCUUCAGAACAUUGUAGAGGAAAAUGGUAAAGAUGGGAACAGUGAAGUCACAGUUGAAACUGAAAUAAAGAAUCUGGAGGCAGAUCCAUUAGUUCCAUCACAUUCUGAAGAUGGUAGUAGAGCCCCCCAAAGCAAACUGGACACGCGCAAGCGAUCUUGUGAACCAUUUGUUCCUGUUCUUAGCAAACAUGGAACAAAUGUUCUUCAGUGGCCAUCAGAAAUGUUAAUUUACACAAGUACAGAUCCGUCAAUUUCUUAUAGCUGUAAUCCUUUAUAUUUUGACUUCAAGUUGUCAAAAGCGAGUGACAACCAAGAAAAGCCCAAGCAUCAGCCAAGCAUACCUCAUUUACAACUCACAACUGAAUCCAACCAUAGCUCAGUCUCAGAUUUUACAAAUAAACCUACUUCAGAGUGUGGUGAUCAUGAAACGGAAGUGGAUAAAAAUGUGUGUGACUACACAAUACCCCUUAUAAGUGAUGUUUCCCACAUCUGGAAUUGUGAUCUUGCAAAAAUUCAAAAUAAAGUGUCCUUGGGUGAGUCAUUCAGGAUUAGAAAAUUAGAAAAGUAUCACAUUUCAAGAAACCACUUAAGACAAAGCACUGUGAUAGAUGAGAAAUAUAACAAAGUUCGGAUCAAAGAAAGUCAUGAAAAAUGGCUUCACAGAAGUAGAAAACGAAAAAGGAGAAGAAAAUUAUGUCAUUGUCAUCAUCAUCAUCCUUCUGGGGAAGCAACAUUUGUAGAAAUGGAGAUUUCCUCAGUGACUGAAAAGGAAAUUAGUCACAGAGAUGAAAAUAAAUAUCUGCACCUCCAAAAUAACCCAGAGAAAUGUAGAUAUGAUGCAGGGAAUAUUUGGUUAGCUAUGGAUGAGGUACAGCAGUCACAUCAAAAAGCUGGCCUUGACAAUGGUCAUAAAAGAAGCACGUCUACAUCAGAUCACAUACAUGGGGACAGAGGCUCGUGUGACAUUUGGAAUGCAAAAACUAGGGACCAACGCAGUGGUUGUAGACUACUGCACAGGAAGAGAAAAGCAAGCUCUCGGAGACAAUUAAAGCAUCUGUCUCAAACUUCUAGGAGGCACAACUGCAUGUGCUCUAAAAUGUGCUGUAGUUGGAAAGUCAGGAGACUGGUCUGUAGCCCAGAGCAUAAAUGUUUAGGUCCCUGCAGUGAGGCAAAGAGUAUGAGUCAAAAUCACUCCGUAAAGAGAGGUUACAACUUUCUGACAGAUGAACCGGAAAAAUCCCACAGGAAGCGGAGACAGCAUACCUAUUCCUGUUCUUCAGAUGAAAGCUCGUACGGACAGACAUUUUUAGAAGAAGGAUAUGUAAGGCAAACAAGCACUUCAGGUAUGCAUCACAAAGAAAAAUGUAAACACAGAAGGAGGAAAACUAGAAUCAAACAUGUAUGCAUUGACAGGAAUACAAGAAGUGAGACCUCCAGGCCUUCUAAAGAAAGCUCUGCAAAUUCCACAUUAAAUGUUUUGGAAGAAUUCUUGACUCGAGACAACAUGGAGGAAACUAAUGUGGAUCCCAAAGCUGAUCAUGCAAAAGUUACAGAUGAAACAAUGCAACUGGAGGAAAACAAGUCAGCCCUACAAAUGUAUAGUUCACAUUUGUUGGAAAAAGACAAGCUGACAGAUUGUGUGGCACCAGAGAGCACUCCAGGUGCAUCUUCAGAAGCUGUCACACAUUCUGCUGCUUCUGCUGCUGAGUGUGGUGCCCCCGCAUCUGCAAACACACAGGACAUUCUGGAGGAUGAAAAGAAAAACGAAAAUGUAAACAGUCAUGAAAAUCAAGCUCAUUAUAAAGCUCCACCUGCCACUAGACCUUUGGAACAAGCUCCUCCUAAAUCAUAUGUUUGCCAUUAUGAAUUGGCCGAGUCUCUGCCAUGUGAGAAGAUAAAUGAGGUGACCAAUGAAUGGGUACAGUGUAAUUCUGGCAUAUUUGACAGCCCACCACCUUUGCCAUUCAAAGAAGCACAUAUAAACAGUCACACCUUUUUAACUACCGAGCAGUUAAUAGCCCCCUUCACCCUGCCUGACCAGACGUUGAUAUUCCCUCCAGAUAACCAAGAAAAAUUCAAAGACCUCCCAUCCGAGGCGUAUCAGCAGCUCAUGCAGCAAAACAUGCUGGCCAACAAAGUGAAGUUUACCUUUCCUCCCCCAGCCAUUCAGCCCCCCAGCUCUCCAUUGCAGCCCCUACCGUUGCAGCCACCGCUGUGUUCUACCUCCGUUACCACCAUCCAUCACACUGUCCUGCAGCAGCACGCAGCCGCUGCCGCCGCCGCCAGUACGUUUAAGGUCCUCCAGCCCCACCAGCAGUUCCUCUCGCAGGUCCCGGCUCUGUCCAGAGCGCCUUUACCUCAUCUGCCGGUAGGACCUAGGCUUUGUCCAGGAGGCCACGCGGCUUUUGUCGCUCCACCGCAUUUGCCGCUGGUGCCGCCCUCGGUCCUGCACCCGACCCAGCUGGCGUUCUCACCGCUGCCACAUGCCGUGUUCCCCUCCCUGCUGUCCCCGCAUCCGGCUGUCCUUCCGCUGCAGCCCCUCUUCUAGGACAGGUUCUCGGAGUGGGAAAGGAGCCUUCAGAUAAACAGACUUGUGGUUCCUGUCAAGCCCUCAGCUUUGCAGAAUGGUUCUGUGAAAUAAACUGGUCGAAAUUCCUCUUUCAUUGGGAAACAUUUACUGUAAGUAUAACGAUGCAAACAUCCAUGUAAAGUUCAGACCUAUACUAUAAAGCACUGAAUAGUCUGAUACUAAUAUGAACUAUAUAUACAUAAGUGAAGCUCAUGUCUUAGAAUAUGUAUAAUGUAUAUAAUAUAUUUAUAGUUCUAUAACUUCUGUUUUAAAGUAUUCACUUUCUGUUUUUUUAUCCUCGUGUAUUUGCACCUAUUUAAUGUUUAGACAAAGCUGAUGCACUAUGUUUUGUACUAUGUUCUCUGAAACUGUAAAUCUAGUGACAAACUAUCUCUUGCAAUAAAUUUUUGUUAACUACUUAAGUAUAUCAAAAAUCUUUCAUUAUAAGCCUCCUGGAUGUCAUUGCUCCAUGUUCUGCAUUUGAAUAACAUCCUCUACCCCUGCUGUGCUGGGAUAAUCAUGUUUCCUAUACUUCAGUGAUUUAUCACGGAGGCUCAGAGGCUAAUACCUUGAGGGCAGCUGUCUAACUGAGCAAGAGAGAAAGGGUAACAGAUCUGUUUGUGUUAGCAGUUUGAUGUCACUGUGACAAAUUUUGCCUUCUUGUAGUAUGUGCACAAACUGCUGACUGUUUGAGCUAAUCCCUUUUCUACUAAACCACGAAAAGACUAUGUAACAAAAAUAACAUCAGUGGUAGAAGAAAAAAAGAGAAUAGAUCAACAGCGGUUUGCCUUACAGGGGAAUAUUCCUUAUAGUGAAAAUGUACAGCAUAGGGGGACCUUAUUUCCAUCAAGCCUUCAGCAGAUCUCCAUUUUUCAUGUCUACUUUUUGCACAUCCACACAAGCACAUGCUUAGAGGCAGCCCUGCCCGUUUUGCUCUGUGAAACCCACAUUGAGACUUAGUCUGACUGAGUUCAAAUGCAGUAGUCGUCUUUGCGGUAGGCAGCAUAGCUUCACUGCACAGGAAGCCUGCUCUCUGUCCCCCGUUAGAUGGGGUGCACUGUCUGCCCACCUUAAGGUGGGUCUCUGAUCAGAAGAGUCAGCCUCAUACUUCCAGGCUUUCUCUGAUUACACACAUCUUAUGUUUACCUCAGUGGGGGACAGAUCUGUCAGAAUGAAGGUCCUUGCUGCUUGUGCAACAUGUGAAAACUAGUAAGAAUGUGUGAGCAUGCAAGGGAGGUCAAGAGGAACUUCCCAUGGGGAACUCGGAGUCCCACCAGGGUGUGAUUCAGAUUCUUACCUCAUUUCACUCCCCUAUUACCUGCAGCAUUUUGGUAUUAGAAAUGGAUAAAUUACAUAGUCUAGAAAUAAUAAUAACAUACUGCCAUUAUUUCUAACUGUAUUUCAGAGACUUCUCCCUACCUCUGCAACCUUUUUAUUGCUGUUGAACCUCACCUGACUUCAGCCAGUGAAAUCUUCUCAUUUGCUUUAAUACAAGAUAUAUCAGGCCCACACCUGUGAUGGCCUAAAAUAAAACCAGAAGUGAGGCAGAGCUAGCUGUAUGAGUUAAAAUGAAGUCUAGCCACAUGAGUGAAACUAAGAAUUUGCACCAUGACCUUUAGUGCUAGAAGUAGAUCCUCCAUAAUAAAAGGUAGGGGCUAGCUUUCAAAUUAAUUACUUCUUUUCACUUUUUUAUAUAUGAUAAUAGAAUUAUAUACAGUUGAACUGAAGGAAUAGUAAUUUUGGAAGAUUAUUAAUAUACAUUGCAUAUUAAUAGUUACAUGCAUUAUCCAUUUGAAAAGUAAUAUUAUAUCCUGAAAGAUAUGUAGCUGGUUAUUAUUUUCUGCACCUAUAACAUUAGAACUUACCUAUAUCAAUAUUGCAAGUCUUAGUAUAAUAUUGUAGCAAACAUCUUUUCAACUGUGUUGGAUACUCAAUGGAUGUGAGCUUUCCUUGUCAUGUCAUUACAAAGGGCUAAACUACAUUAAUAAAAAGUCGAUGAGAAAGAGUAGAUGAAUGGUUUGGUCAUGGGCUGCUUCUCAUAACCCCUGCCUGAGACUGGCAGGGAGCAGGACGUUGUUGAGCAUCUAUCCGUAUAAUGGCAUAAAGAGGGUAUAUUUUCUCUAGCUUGUAAUUUCAAGUGAAUGCCCAUUUCUAUUUAUCUGGUACCUGUACAACUCAUUUUAAGUGACUUUAUCCUGCUUCUUUAUGUCAAGAAUAUGCCUGCUCAAUCUGUAUGUCUCCACUACCUCCUGUAGCAGGCAGGUGUCCCACGCCUGUGUGUAAGCCAUGUUGCUCAAGCACUGGAACCUGUAUUUCAAACCUGAAGGUGUGUGCUUGCCACUCAGCCUCCUACCUUAGCUGGCUCGCGCUGGCUUUUGUAUUUCUGCACUCCUUGGCAGGAGUCAGCAUACAUGUUCUUUCUCCUGGAUCCCAAUGUCUUGUCAAAGAAAAUGAUCUAAUACUAUACACUUGAAAAAAAGAAAUAAUAGGACAAUUGUGGUUAUACGUGAUCCAUAUCCAUUUUAUCCAUUUUUAUCUAGCAGGAGAUUGACAAAUUUCAAAUUUUCAGCUGUAAUGUUCAUUGAAAAAAUCCCAUUUAUUACUUUAGAAGUAUUUUUAGUUUUUAAAUAUGUUCAAACAACUUUGGAUUUUACGUUUUUUUUUUUCUACAAUUUAAAUUAAAUUAAUUCUAUUUUAAGUUGUUAAACAAUUUUACAACAUUGCACAAUUAUUUAUCUACUGUAAUUGCUUUUCAUUAGUGUAUAAACUACUGAGAAUAAAAGACUAAUAACCAUCAAAUGUAGUAAUUUUCUAACAUGUUAUUGCCUUUAGUGCUAGAACUGUUUGUAUAUGUGACUUCAUAUGUAAGAGUAAAAACAAUAUAAAAAUAAAUCACAAGAUAAGUUUAAAAUUGACCACGCUAAAUUAAAUGACAUAAUAAAAUAUUCUU